AUGGAUGAUAUAGCUGUGGCACUUGCAUCUAUGCUACUUUCUAAAGAAGGCACAAGGAUCUGUUAUCCUGUUCCUGGCAUAUUUUCUUUCCCCAGCGAUGCAAACAUAAGAGAAACAACAGUUGUGGGCAUUUCUUUUUAUAUUUUUGGGAUUUCUGAGGCUUUUGAUUUUCAAGAUUAUGAUCCCUAUCUACCAUUUUUACUGGAUGCUUGUAAUGAUGAGAGCUCUGAUGUUCGACAGGCUAUUGUUUAUGGAAUUGGAGUUUGUGCAGAGUUUGGUGGAUCUGUGUUUAAACCUCUUGUGGGAGAGGCUCUUUCCAGGCUAAAUUUUGUUAUGAGGCAGCCUAAUGCACUCCAUUCUGAUAAUGUGAUGGCAUAUGACAAUGUUGUCUCAACUCUGGGGAAAAUUUGCCAAUUCCAUCGUGAUAGUAUAGAUGCAGCUUAGGUAGUUCUGCUUUCCGUCUUCUACUUUUUGCUUUAAACUGUA